AUUUCUUUCUGUUUGUCACUUUUGUCUGAUGAUCGGACGGGCGUAUCAAAAAUUUAGUUCUUUUAUUGAUACUAUUUACUCUUUUUGUAUUAUUAAACCUCAUAAAACAUAAUUUUUACAUUUGUAAAGAGUUGAGCCGCUUGUUUGGUUGACAAAUAUCGUGGUGGUAAAACUAACUACUCAAUUUCAAUUUCGUUUUAUUUUGUUUCUAUCGUAAACACCUCGAGAUAUUUUGUAAUUAUUAUCAUACUAGUGCCGUAAAUAAUGUAUGAUUCACCUUAUUUUAACAAACAUAAUAUAUAGUUUCUCACUAAUUUCGGUGGUUAGUGGUAAUAAUGGCUGAUUUAAUUCGUGCUAUGGGUGCGCCUAUUGGACCCCCUAUAAAGGAUAAGUUGGGAUCACCAUCGACGGAGUCUGAAGACGGUGGGGGUGAUUUGGCAGAGUUGGCAGCGGAUUUAGAACUGGAUGAAGCUGAUGGUCCAAGUACUAAUGGUGAGAGACAAGCAGUCCUUGCCCCGCCUGAAACUGAGUGGUACCAUGGACGCCUGGACAGAUAUACAUCAGAGGAGCGGCUCUGGGCUGCUAGUAAACAUGGCAGUUAUCUGGUUCGUGAAAGUGACCGAAAACCUGGCUCAUAUGUUCUGAGUUAUUUGGGACGCACUGGAAUUAAUCACUUCAGAAUUACCGCAGUCUGCGGCGACUAUUAUAUCGGAGGUCGUCAGUUCGACUCCCUGACCGAACUGGUUGGGUUCUAUAGUCACUGCUCGGAUCUAUUGAAACGCGAGCGAUUAGUCGAACCGGUGCCUCCUCCUGAACCUGUGAAUGAUAAAAAGCGCGUGGUGGCCAUUUUGCCGUACACCAAGAUGCCGGAUACAGACGAGUUGACCUUCCAGAAGGGUGACAUAUUCUUCGUGCACAACGACAUGGGAGACGGCUGGCUGUGGGUCACUGCGCACAGAACGGGCGAGCAAGGAAUGAUCUUCAGAGAGCUAGUCGAGGACCUGGAUCCAUCGAUCGACCCGAACACCGUCUUCUCCUGGUUUCACCCCAACUGCACCAAGAGCGAAGCGGUCGAUAUGCUGGUUAAAGCCGGCCCAGGCAGUUUUCUAGUAAGGCCCUCGGAUAAUUCUCCCGGGGACUACUCCUUGUUCUUCCACAUAAACAACCAAAUCCAGAGGUUCAGGAUCGAAAAGAAAGGCGUUCGCUAUUUAAUGGGUGGACGGACGUUUGAGUGUUUGGACGCUGUGAUCAAUCGAUACAGGAAGGAGCAGAUUGUGGAGGGCCACACGCUUGGACAGCCUUUGAUAGCGGAGGGUCACCAAAUAGAACCGCAACAGAACACAACGGGCGCGGCCGCAGAGAAGAUUUACGCGACACUCAGAGAAUGUCGGGAUCAAAUUGGACUGAAGAAGAUGAAGGGUAUCAAACACCAGGGCUACUUGCAUAAGAAAUCCGACAAAGGCACCAAGAAAUGGAAGGCUCUGUACUUCGUUCUUCUACAAGAAGGCACCGACACGCAUCUCUACUUUUACGAUUCGCCGAAACGCACGAAGCCUAAAGGGCUGAUCGACCUCUCGUGUGCUUAUCUGUAUCAGGUCCACGAAUCGUUAUGGGAAAGGGAGUUCUGUUUCCAAUUAGUGGAGCGAGCGUUGCCGUGCCUGUCGACGCACACGUUCUUGGCGGCGUCCGCGGCGCACGAGCUGCGGGCGUGGCUCGACGCGCUGCGACCGCUGUGCGUGCCGCAGCAAGCGAGACAUCAUUGCAAGGUGGCGCGCGUGGUGUGGCUGCGCGCGCUGCGCGUGCGCUGCGUGACGGCGCACCGGCUGCCCGCGCGCCUGGCGCCGCGCCCGCACUUGCGCCUGGCGCUCGGCGCCGCGCCCGUCGCCCGCACGCGCGCGCGCCCCUCGCCCGACCCGCACUGGGACGACGAGUUCGUGUUCGACGAUGUACCUCCAGAUGUGACGUCGUUCACAAUCACCGUUCACAACACUGGCAAACGAGGCAAAGAAUCUGAAGUGGCUGAAUUGACGAUAGAACUGGCGAAUUUGGCUAACGGUGAAGAGGUGGAAGAAUGGUAUCCUCUUGCUGGGAUGACGCCUAUUGGUGAAUGGGGCUCUUUGAGACUUCGUAUAAGAUACAUGCAGGAGCUAGUGAUGCCCCGCGAGGAGUACAACCCGCUCCGCCAACUGCUGCUUGAGCCGGGCCUGCCAGCGGUGAAGGCGCUCGCUGACCUGUGUCGCACCGACCGGCAACCGUUGGCGACAUCCGUGCUGCACGCGUUCUCGGAGUGCGGGCGCGGCGCGGAGCUGGCGCGCGAGCUGGCGGCGGCCGAGGUGGGCCGCGAGCCCGACCACCGCGCGCUGUUCCGCGCCGCGUCGCUCGCCACCGCCGUGCUGGACGAGUUCAUGCACGCGCUCUGCAAGCCCUUCCUGCAGGCUGCAAUCGCUGAGACAGUUCAGAAGUUGAUAGACUCCAAGCAAUCGGCUGAGUUGAAUCCCACCAAGAUGGAUUCCCCCGAUGACGCUUGCAAUAAUGCUGAGUUUCUGCUUAUGAUUCUGGAUCAGAUCACCCUGUCGAUAUUCACGUCGCCGGAAGCGUGCCCGCGGCCCGUGCGCUACUUGUGCGGCUGCCUGCAGCGCGCCGCCGUGGCCAAGUGGCCGAACGAGAGAUUUGUACGCACUAGAGUCGUAUCAGGGUUCAUUUUCCUGCGACUGAUAUGCCCCGCGCUCGUGGAGCCCCGCGCUUGGGGCCUGGUGUCGGCCGCGCCGCCGCCUCACGCCCAGCGCUCGCUGUUGAUGGUCGCCAAAUGUUUGCAGAACCUCGCCAACCUCAUUGAGUUUGGGGCCAAGGAACCGUAUAUGGAGGUAGUAAAUCCGUUUAUACUGAAGAACAAAGAGCGUAUGGUGGUAUUUUUGGAUCAAUUGAGUUCAGUUCCGGACCCUGGCAAUGCACCUUCAAACUCUAAUAACAAUUUUGAUAUAGCUAAAGAGCUAGCAACGAUCCACCACAUCUGCGUGUCCCACCUGAGCGAACUGCAAAACCUGGCGAAGAGUCAGCCCGCCAUCAGGAAGCUGGUCACCGUCACCGAGAUGCUCACCAAACACAAGCACAAGUAUCUCGAGAUGAUCAGAUAGGACACGCCCACUCAGAACACAGGGUAAAACACUUACAAGGAACAGCGAUAGCAGUAGUUCGUAGUGAACCAGCGCAGGACUGAAAUUUUGUCGCGUAGUCAUUCUUAGCUUUAGUCUUACAUUUAUUUCAUCGAAUACAUCGGAACACCGUCUCGAGCCGUCUCGUGCCAAUCAUGUAUUCAUAUGGUAUUUUACUGUAUUCCUUUAAUCGUGUAACAUUUAUUUGACUGUAUUUAGAGUAUUAUAUAGGUGCCUCAAUGGCUCUCUAGUUGUUGUAAGUCGUAUUUAUUGCUAGCGUUUUUAAUAUUGAUUUUACAAUUUGUAUUAUUAAUGUGUAACAUUGAGAUAUUAUUAGCAAAUUGGCCACGCUCAGUCGUGCUUACUGAUUUUUUGAACUGUUUAAAAGCCAUUUUCACUUUUUUUCAGUGUAGUCUCGAUUAUUGGAAUCGUAAGAAGAAAAUUAAAGAAUGAUUUUUUACUCUUUGCAAGUACUUACAUACAGUUAGUUUUAGCAAUAUCAAAUUAUGUUAAUAGUAUUUCAAUGUUACACAAUUCUUUUUAUAUACAUUUAGGGCGUAAACAAAAACAAAUGGACAUGGAAUUUAAAGUGCGAGUAAUUCAUAUAGAAAUUACAAAAAAAUAAAAGGUAAUUUUGCUAAAAUUUUGUACGUGACCACGUUUUUAUACCGAUUACCUCGCUUUGGAAAUGAGUAUGAAUGAGUAUAUAUGACAAAAUGUAAAAUAUCACAUGUGACUUCGUAAAGGGUGUACAAAAAAAAUCAGCAUGAUUAUUAUUAGGAAGACAUUUUUCUAAAAGACUUCCAAAAUAAUUCAGUUCUGAUUUGAUGUUUUUUUUUUAAAUUGAUGAGAAAUAUAUUGUUUUUGAACAUUCAAAAAUGUUGAGUUGUGCUUUAAAUUGUCUUCCUAUAUAAUGUGCAAAACUGACUUCACCCUAUAUUUUACUAUGACAUGCUGAAAUUUACUAGAUUUAAAGUUUAGAUACGUAGGUAUUUGUAAGGUUAUUUCAAGGUCAAUCGUAUGACACCAAAAAUGAUUUAGAUAUGGAGAAUGGAAUGUGAUAGUCCCUUGUCUGAGUAGAGUUUAGAAAGAAAUGUGUGCGAGUCCUCUUUAUUAUUAUUCGUGUAUUAAAACUUAGUACUUCCUCCAGUUUAUUCUCUGUGAUAGUCAGUAUUUCUAUUAUAUUUUGAAAGUCUCAAUUGGUACACCGAUAUUAUUACCUACAUUCUUAAAUAUUGCAUUUAUUUGUAUACUUUUCUAUAUGUUUAUUAAUUAUAUAAUAUUAUUUCCUUAUCGAUUAGUUGGUAUUCUAAUUAAAUUAUGUUAAAUAAUCGUUCUUGCUCAAACAAGGAAUUUAUUUAGUGCCAUAUACAUUAAAUGGGCGACCGAAUUUUUUACUUCAAAAUUACCAAAAAUUUUAGCUUUCUACAUCAUAAUAUUUGACAUACUUUCCUUAUUCAGAUGUUAAGAAAUGAAACGUAACCAUUAUAACUAGUGUAUUACGAAAACAUCCUACAAUAUUGUUAACUCUAUGUAAUAUUCUAUAAGUUAUUAAAAUGUUCCCACAAAAGUUAAACUCCCACACAAAAUAAUCAUGUAUAGGUCGCGCCAAACUCCUAGUCCGCUCUGAUAUUGCAACAAAAUUACGCAGCUAUUAUGAUAAUUAACCCGGUUAAUUAAUUUCACUGCUACGCCUUGUGUUCAGAGCGGUGACUAAUAUUGCAACACGUCAGACUGUUAUUAAUAACCCGGUUGGGAUGUUUUCGUUUACUGCUACGCCUUGUGUUCAGAGCGGUGACUAAUAUUGCAACACGUCAGACUGUUAUUAAUAACCCGGUUGGGAUGUUUUCGUUUACUGCUACGCCUUGUGUUCAGAGCGGUGACUAAUAUUGCAACACGUCAGACUGUUAUUAUUAACCCGGUUGGAAUGUUUUCGUUCACUGCUAUGCCUUGUGUUCAGAACGGACUCGAAGUUUGGCGCGACCUAAAUCCUGAUAGCCAUACAUCUUUAUUUACAAUACAAGACACUUGUUAAAAAAAUAUUUAAAUUAAAUCGUGCUUCCCGAUUAUUUACUCAUCAUUAUAUUGUUUUUGUUUAUUAAAACAUUGUUUCCCAUUGUUACAGGGAAAGUAUCUUAUGCUAUGCUUUGAUUUUUUUAUGAUCUGUUUUUAUUUUAAUUAAUAUUUUUAUCAUAACACAAAAAUACUCCUGAGUCUUGAAAGUUGAAGCAAAAAUUUGUAUUUGAUUUCUUUGACUGCUAAAUGAUUUAACUUAGUAUAUUCAUUUUAAAAUAUAAUGCUUUUAUAAAAAAGCUGUAUUUUGUGUAUGUCAAUUAUACAAUUUUGUCUGGAAUUUAGUAUGGUAACGGUUUUAUUAAGCUUUAUUUUAUUAAUAUUAAGAAAUCGUAGUUAUAUGUAGGUACCUAACCAACUACCUAUUCAUUGCUAUCAGUGAGAUGAUGUCGUAGAAUGAAAAAAGAGCAAAGUAACCAAACUGAUGUCUAUGGAACUUGGGCAUUUUGGAUUAUUUAUUUCCUAUGGCCGGAAAUUUACUUAAAAUGGCCAAUAUUUGUCUGUUUUAAAUGACUGUUGGUCUACCUAUUUGAAGCCUUACUAUUUUUAUCUCACUGGUAUAGAUAUUUUGUUAUUUUUGCACAAAAUCUAAAUCUUUUAUACUUAAUUUAUUUUUACACUUGAGCUAUAAAAAUCAAUUAUUAUAAGUACCUAUAUCUAUACAUAUAUGUAACUGUUUUCAUUUAAAGCUUUAUGUAGUAAAUAAGUUGACAUUUCUGAAGCAUUUAAAUAUUUCCCUGUCUUGUAUGAUACCCAGUUUCAUUCCUGUGCAAUAUAUUUUAUUAUUGCUGUAUUAAUUUUAUUAUCAAUAGAUAAGUGAAUUCUACCGUGACUCAAUGCAUCGAAGUUGAUUACAUUAAUUGAUUAAUUAUUAUUAUUUAUUUAGCAAUAGCUUGUAGUAGUAGAUUGUGUCGCUCUGUAUUCUGUAUUGAGGUGGUAUUUGUAAUUCAAUUUCAUAUAUUUUUUAAAGAAAGAAAAAAAGUUUUUUUUAAGUUGUGCGAUCAAUGCUUUAAAAGUAAUUAUUGAAGUGUCUGGCGCCUUAACCACCUGGGCAUAUCGAGACUAAAACCCAAGUAGUACAAGUAGCAAGUGCUACUUUGUUGUUUGGCACAACCUUCAAAAAGGUAGCAUUGUGCUGCAUGUGCAACAUAAGUGCUGGAGCAUACCGCGCUUAUUUUCAACUGUCACCAUGAUUCUUGUUUAUUUCUUCUGAUUAUCUGGCAAACCACAUUUCUGGGAUGAAAAGUAGUCUAUGUGUUAAUCCAGAGUACAAUUUAGUUUCAUUUCAAAUUUUCAUCCUCUAAUUUAUCGCCUUGGGGGUAGAAUUGAUCAAAAUCCUUUCUUAGCAGAUGUCUACGUCAUAACAUCUACCUGAAUGCCAAAUUUCAGCCCGAUCCGUCCAGUGGUUUGGGCUGUGCGUUGAUAGAUCAUUAUGUCAGUCAGUCACCUUUGAGUUUUAUAUAUUUACCCACGUGGUAUGACAUUUUUAUUAAUUUAAUGAUAAGUUAAGCCCUUGACUGCAAUCUCACCUAGUAUGACUUUCGGGAUAAGAAAUAUAUACCCCCAUCUGUUAUUUAUUUGCGAUAAGAAAUAAAUGAUACAAAAUAUUUGACACAGUGCAUAUAGGUUGCCUAGUUAAAUUGCGGCUAUAUCUAUCUUCUAUUUUUUAUCGCUAAUAAAUAAUAGAUGAGGGUAUAUAUUUCUUAUGCUGGAUCUUAGACCAACCGGAUUUUAAGGCCUACUUCAGACUACUUUAGUAUUUUAGUCGAGUACGAUCAAUUUUUGGGCAGUAAAUCCAAAAAAUGUUCGUACUCUACUAAAAUACUAAAGUAGUCCGAACUAGGCUUUAGUGACAAUACAGUCACUGUUAGAAGUGGGCCUACUUAGAAGAGGUACAAUUGCCCAUACCUCUUGGCUUGGCUUGGCUUUUUACACAGCAUUGUACCAAAACGCUAAAUCGCUUAGCGGUACGUCUUUACCGUUAGGGUCAUAACAAGUCAUGACUGAAGCUGUUUCAUAAUAAAUUAACAUGAGUGACACUUACGAUGGUUCACACAAACAAUGUUUUUGAGAUUAAUUUAUCACUUCAAUUUUUUACACCAACCACAAAAAACUUUUUAGCAAACCACUUUGCUGUCUUUAUUGAUACACAGUAUGUUAGUAAAAGGAAUUGAAUACAUUUUUCCAAUAUUUAGGGAGAUCUUAAAAAGUUUUAACUACCUUAUGAAAACAAUUCUUAAUUUAUUAUGUGGAUUUAACAGAGUGCUGUGCUACUCUUGUGUAAGUACACAAAUAGAAUGUAGAACUAUGUUUGUGAUCUAAUGUCAGAAAUUAGCUUACAAAUGCCACCAUUAUUAGCUGAUAGGAUGAUGUCUAGACUGAUUUGUGCUCUAAUUAAUUAUUAUAUUAGAUAUGUUAGAAAUAACAAUGUAUAAUUAUGCAGUAGGCUUUUAUAGUCAUAAUAUCUAAAUCAUUUAUAAUUUGGAAGAAUUUCAACUAAACUCAAAAUAAUAUUAUUGUAUGUAUCUUUGUCCAGUUAAUUAAUAGGAAGUAGGUAUCGUAUUGUAUUGUAUUUUAUGUUUGAUAGUUAAAUUUUCAUUUUUAAUUACAUAAUAUCAGUUUGAAUAAGUUCACCUGUUUAUGGUCAACAUAUAAAUGUUUUUCAAAUUUAUAAAUGUUUCAAUACAUGUAAUGUAUUCUAUGUUAAUAUAUAAUACACAUUUUUUCCUAAUAGAUUUUGCAUAAAGUUAUUUGUUUUCCAUUUAUUUUUUAUUGUGUUGGGUUUUGUGAAUGUUUUCAUAAUAUUUUUAUAUAUUGUAAUCCUAGUGUGUACUGUUUUUCAUUAAAUUUUUAUCUGUGCUAGAAAUCAUGAUUCAAAUAAAUAAAGAAAUAUAAAAGUA